CUUAUUACUCCGUAUUCAGUUAGCAUUUGUCAUUACUCCGUAUAUAAUAUCAGUAACACUCAUGUAAGGCCAAAAGUGUUGAAAAAUGAGCGCCCUCCCGUUUCUGAAAACCCCCAAAGUGGAGUCGGAUGCGAAGAACGAAGAAAGCAUCGGCGGGGAAGCCCACUAUGACGGCGGUGAUGAUCAGACAUCCGAUACAGAACCUCAGCCGAGGAGCGAGCAAGAAGAAGCCUUAGUCGCUCUCAUUGAACACCGCACCAAGGAGGUUACUCGUCUCCGACAGCGCGUCUCGUAUUAUAAAUCCCAGAUAUCCCAGUUGAAUACCUCACUCCCACCCUCUCCUGUUCUCGUGAUACACUGAUAGAUUGGGAGAACAGAUAUGAAUUUCAUAGGGCUAGCAAUUGACCAGCCUCGGAUGGAAAGAUUCUUAAACAUUGGCUUACAUGGUCUUGAUUUAAUUUCAAUGUAAAGUUUUAAAACACAAGUACUACAACAUAUGUGUAUGGUAUUGGAUUGCAUACGUAGCUUUGCGUUGUUAAGUUGUUUGUUUGUUGGACCAAAAAGUGAUACUUUAUUUCUUUUACUGAUGGUCACACAGCUUAAUGAAGCAGAGAGGAGACUAGAUGAGACACAAGUGAAGCUGGGUCGCCUUCGUGGCCAUGACAGUAGUACAAUAUCGAAGAGUUCUUAUGACAAUGGCGUGAAGAAUGUAAAAUCCAAUUGGAGAUCCUCGAGUCCUGCCUCCUGUAGUGAAGAUACUAAAAACCUUGCUGAGAAUAAACCACAAGAGAAGGGUAUUUCACUCAGACCAUUAGAGCAAAAAUCAGCUGGAAACCAACCUCAGAGUAAACCACAGCUUGUAAUUCCUACUGUGAAACCAAAAGCUUAUCAACCAACUAAGAUGGUAAAGUCUGAACCUAAAGAUGUUGCUAGUAGUCCUGGUUCUUUUUCUAGUGAACCAGCAUUUCCUCACAGUAAUAGUAUGACAAAGAUAAAGGCAGGAAAAAGUAUGAGCAAAUCUUCUGAGAAGGAAGCGGUUGAUGCUCAAAGUAGAGGCAUAAAAAGAAAAUUUGUGCAGAGCAGAAAGAACAGAAAAAUCUAGUUUCUGUACUUCGCACAUCCUCUUCACCCAACACUAUCCGGUGUCAUACAUGCUCUACUAUGUCAAGUCAACAUAAAAGAAAGCUCAGAAGUCUUGUGCUAUGCCCAACGAGUGAGCAACUGUUUGCCACGAGCGCACUGGAUGGACUUGUCAACCUGUGGCAGAUUCAGAGAGGAUCAACUGCCAAUCUUCUCAGUACUACUGAUUGCUUUUCACCAAAACAAAGGAGAUGGCCAGAAGAUAUAGCCUGGCACCCUGAUGGGGGUGCUAUAUUUUCUGCUUAUGGUGCCGAUAAAGAUGAAACCCAGAUUUCAAUUCUUAAUUUGAACAAAACGAAAGAGAGUCGCAUUAGUUUCUUGGAAGCAAAGCCACAUGUUAAAGGCAUCAUUAACAGCAUAGUGUUCAUGCCGUGGGAAGAUAUCUGCUUUGUUACUGGUGGUAGUGAUCAUGCUGUAUUCUGUUGGACUGAGAUAAAAGAGGAAAAUAUGUGGAAGCAUAAAGCAUUGCAUCGAAGUGAGCAUACGUCAUCUGUAACAGGAGUCGCUGGUAUGCAGCAUAAGAAAAUUGUGAUGUCUGUUGGAGCUGACAAGAGGAUCAUUGGAUAUGAUAUGCAAGCUGGAAGAGCUGGCUAUAUCCAUCAAAUUGAUAGCAAGUGCAUGAGUAUUUUGCCCAAUCCAUGCGACUUCAACCUCUUUUUGGUUCAGGCUGGGACAUUAGAGAAGCAGCUUCGACUGUUUGAUAUCAGAGCAAAGCAAAGAGAGGUCCAUGCAUUUGGGUGGAAGCAAGAAAGCAGUGAUUCACAAUCAGCUCUCAUAAAUCAGGAUUGGUCUCCUGACGGUUUGUACAUCACAUCCGGAUCGGUUGAUCCUGUCAUCCACAUAUUCGACAUAAGAUACAACUCUCACAAACCUUCACAGUCAAUAAAGGCCCAUCAGAAGCGUGUCUUUAAAGCUGUUUGGCACCACACUCUCCCACUCCUAAUAUCCAUCUCAUCUGAUCUGAACAUCGGAUUACACAAGGUCAGCUGAGUUGCUGUGAAAAAUCAAUUUCUUUUGUAGUCUGCCCAACGCUUUCAUUUGCAAACUGUAUCCAUGAAUUCUCUAAUCGAAAAAACCACACACACAUCAAAGUAGAUGAUCACUGACUGAAUACUGAAAGCACUCCUUCCCCCCACAUGAUGGAGCUCUUCCCAACGCGUUUAAUGCGCUAGUACUGAGCUCCUCUCCUCCGCUGAACCUGUGUAACUUUGGCUCUUUUGUAUGGCUACAAGUAGAAGUUAACUAAAUAUAUACACACUUUCGUUGUCGUUUUCCUUUUCAUGUAUGUGUUUGUGGACGUUUUCAUAGUAUUGAAAAGUUAAAAGCUUACUAUGCCUUUGUGGUCACUGAGGCGAAGUUUAAAUAGUCAAUUAAUUAUAUCAAAUUAGUCAGCA